AUGGAAUGUGCUAGAGACGAGUUUGUCUACCAAUCCAAGUUCCCAUUGGAACCAGCACCAAUACCGGCCCAAACACUUGAAAUCAACGGACAUAAAUAUGUUCUUAAUCAUCGUUUCAAGAGUAUCAAAAUCGUCUCCCAUCGGUAUCCACCAGUCAUUCCGAUGUCGGUCGACGAACAAGCGGUACCACCGGAAGUUUCGCCUUCAAUGGCUGCCAACAUUCCACAAAUGGUGCAUGAUCAGCUCGCCAACCAAUUUUUGCCAGCUUCAAAAAACCUUGGACAGUGUGGAAUGCACUUGCUGAAGACAUAUUACAUGUUUCAAGAAGCGCUGUCCAAUUAUUGUGAUGCCACUCACAAGCUCAUCAUGUCCGCGGACACUGCCGGACAUAAAUCGAAGCAAGAGGCCAGAGAGCUGUCGAAAGUUUUCAAACAAUUCGUACAAGGAGUCAAUGCUCAUCAGAAAGUCAUCACGGAGUUUGACGCAUUGGCGCACAAGGUUCAUGACUACAGUAAUAAGGAAAAGGAGAAGUUGAAGGCCGAAUUCGCAGAGUACAAAUCAAAGGAGAAGAAAAUAAUGAAAAGAAAAAAUGGGGAAACCGAGCAAGAUAUUACUGCUUUCCAUAGAAAGGAAGCUGCUAACUGGGCUAAACAACAGGAAAUGAGAUACAAGUUUUUCAAUGAGAAACUUCAUUCGUGGAUCAAUGGCUACAUUGAAAUUGGAAAACUGUAUCAAUCGGAAACUGUUAUUGCUAAUCCAGUUGUUGGAGGUGUUGUUGCUGCUCCUGCUCCACAACCUGAGCAUCACGAAGACUGGCAUCACGAACUCCACCAAGAUGCUGCUGUAGUUGCUGCUGAGGAAGCUAAAGAGAAAGUCGCAGCGACCGUUACUGAGGCCACCCAAGACAGCCGAUCAAACUCUACAUCAUCAGUAGCCACCACACUAGAGGAGCUUCCACGUAGAGACACAAUUGACAACACCGGAGUGACACUUGUGAGUAAUCAUCGUCGUCAGUCUAUUGAGAUUCAACCUGUCCCACAACCAGCUCCGCGUCCGAUUUCGACUUACAAUGCUCCCCCUGUCCUCCCACCAAAACCAAUCGAACAGCAUUAUGUUCCAAUUCGCAGUCAGCCUGUUUCAGCAACACGUCAUGACGAAGGCACUUACGCCCCUCGUCCUCCUGUUGUCGCCGAGCAAGUGCCUCAACAGCCUGUAAACAGUGCUCCAGGAGGUGUCCGUCGUGCCGGUAACACUAUUCCAGGAGCAGUAAAUGUCUUUGGAUUUGCUAACCAAUCGAAUGCUCAGCCGAAUAUCCGUUAUACUCCAGUCCAGAAUGGCACGCCUUAUCAAGUUGUGACUCGCGAGAAUAUUCCUGUAGGCAGAGUCGUCGAUAAUCCAGUGACAGAAGAACAAAUGAAUGUUAAGAAAUUCCAUGUCGAUUCCAAUUAUGUCCCAAUGGCUGCUCCAUCUCAUCAAUCACAACAACAACAUCAAUACCAUAGUCGUGCUGAGAGUACAGAUAUUUCGGUUCCAUCGUAUUUCAAUCCGUCCCAAUACGGCAGUAUUUUGAUUGUCAACGAUGAUUUCAAUGCAUCUUCAGGAGAACAAAUGACUGUGAAUCGUGGAGAUAAGGUGAUACUUCUUAAAUGCGGAUCACGUGGAUGGGUGUUUGUCAGAGAUUCAAUUUCUAACAGAACCGGAUGGGUUCCGGAACCAUAUGUCAAUCCAUAA